AUGUUUAAGGGAUUAAGAUAUGAUUCGACAAUGAAGUCUAAAUUUGAUGGAAUGUUAGAGGAGUUUAUGGCCUUUGAAGGAAUAGAAUAUCAGAAUAUAGCGGAUUCCAUGGAAGAUAUUAGUGAAGAAGAAUUAAUGCGGGCAGCGCGUUUGAAAUUGCAAGCGAACCUUACAGUGGUACCUCCAGUCAAUGAACCCAAAGUUCCAUUUCCAAAAUUGAAUGAAAUUCGAUUAAAAUUAAAUAUCAGUGAAAGCCUGAUGCGUCGCAUUGCAGUCUAUUGGGAGUUAAAACGACAAUCUCGUUGUGGUGUGCCGCUUUUACGACGAUUACUUCAUGGGAAAACAACGAGUGCAGUGGCACAAGCAAGUGAGGAGACAGCAGAUUUAAAUGCAUAUGGUUCAUUGAGAGCUCAUCUUGAACGUAUUCGACUGUUGUGUGAAUUGGUCAAAAAACGAGAAAAAUUGAAAAAAGAAUAUUAUUCUCAGUCUGCAAAGCUUUUUGAUCGAUGUAUGCGACCAUUGCAAUCAAUAUUUAAUGAUCUGUUGGACAAAAUAGAAAAUAAAGAUUUUGAAAAUAAUUUGUUGCAUUUAUCAAAUCUAUUAAGAAAAUUUAAGGUUUUUGCAAAACCCGUGUCAGAUAAAGAUGUCCCUGGAUAUUCUUCAAUUAUCAAAAAACCGAUGGACCUUUCUACAAUGCGGAAAAAAGUGGCAAGAGGUUGUUAUAAACAAAUUUCACAGAUGAAAGCUGAUUUCGUGUUGAUGAUGAAUAAUUGUGCCAAAUUCAAUCGAGAAAAUCAAUAUUAUUGGAAAUAUGGCAUUCGUUUAAACCAAAUUGGACUUAAAUAUUUUAAAGUGGCUGAACUUGAAAAUAAAGAAGCAAUUAUGUCUCGAGACUUAUUGGCCUCCAUAUCUAAAGUUGCGAUAUUGCCAACAAAACCAGAAGAGGCUGAUGACAAUACUGAUGCUCAAAGUUCUUGUUCUAAAUCUUCAGUGGAUAUCCAACAGAUUAAAAAGUUCGAGGGAGUUAAAAUUUCCAAAAAUAAUUCGGGAAAUAAGAAACGUACUAUAUCAUCAUCAGAUUCACCCGUGCAGAAGAGAAGAAAAUUCUCAGAGCUAACACCAGUAUCAGUCAGUGGUUUUUGCGAAGGAUCUGAAAAGGGAUCAUGGAUCAAAAAGAGUUCGAAUUUUGAAACUUCCAGCGCUUAUGGUCUUAAUGCAUCCAUUUUUACUUAUCGCAAUAGCUCCAGAAAUAAUCCUGAAAAUUUAACAACCGAUCAAUCUUCUGCAGUCGAAGAAUCGAGUUCGGCCGAUGAAGACUUUGAUAAGCGAAAAUAUAAAUCAACUCGCCGACGAUUUCAAGCCCAAGUCGCUCCUGAAACAGUCGAGAUUGCAUCCGAUUUCCAACAUAACGAUAUUGUUUGGGUUAAAACGAUUGAUGGGCGUAUGAUUGGUCGCGUAAUUGAUUUACGAAUGAGGAUUGCUGUUGAUGGCCUUCCUAUUGAUGAUGUAUUGAAACGGCGUCCUCUUGAUUGCCUGGAGCCAACGCUAGUUCAAGUUUUUAGUGAUCCUGAAACAUGGGAAUGGGUUGAAUACAAAAGUCUUCGGCAUUGUGAUUUGGAUUUAAGUUUAUCCGAUUUAUCACCUCAACUUCUUAUAGCUGCGACUAAGGCGCAGACGUUCUUGUUAGUUCGUUCUUGUUAA